CGAACGUCACACGUGUGGUGAGUGACAGCUGGUCGCGGGCGCGCUGCCGGUGUUUCUCCGACGUUAGCCGCUGCUUGUUAGCCGCUCGCCGCCUUCGGAGCUGGUUAGCCUCGGCCACUGGGAUGAGGAGAGAGUCCUGAACCACCCGCUUCGCAGCAGGACGGCGGCGGGAACACGGGAGUCAACACGUCUAGGAAAAUAGCUUUGUGUGCAAGUGAAAGGCCAUGGAGCAGCAGAGACAGAGAGCUCUGUCCACGUCAGGGGAGUCGCUGUACAUUGUACUGGGAGUGGACAAGAACGCCACCACAGAGGACAUCAAGAAAUGUUACAGGAAACUGGCGUUAAAGUUUCACCCAGAUAAGAAUCCCGACAAUCCGGAAGCUGCGGAGAAGUUCAAGGAGAUCAACAACGCCCACUCCAUCCUGAGCGACGGCACCAAGAAGAACAUCUACGACAAGUACGGUUCUCUGGGUCUGUACGUGGCCGAACAGUUUGGAGAGGAGAACGUCAACACCUACUUUGUUCUGUCCAGCUGGUGGGCCAAGGCCUUGUUUGUCUUCUGCUGCUUGUCCACCGGCUGUUACUUCUGCUGCUGCCUGUGCUGCUGCUGCAACUGCUGCUGUGGCAAAUGUAAACCUCGGCCCCCCAUGGACCAGGAGCCCGAGUUCUACGUGUCCCCCGAGGACCUGGAGGCCCAGAUGACAGCAGACGAAAGAGAUGGCAGCAACGAGCCCAUCGUGAUGCAGCCAUCCUCCGCCACAGAAACCACACAGCUCACUGCCGACGCCCACCACAGCUACAGAACGGACGCAUACUAGACACACACACACACACACACACACACACACACACACACACAUACAUAUGGUCCGUGGGUGACGUAGACGUUGUAGUAGAACCUGCACAACGUGAGCAGACGGAAGAUGAAGUCGUUGAAAAGACGCACUCAUAAUUUACUGGAAAUUAUUUAAUUUAUUUAAAUCAGCUUGUUGACGUGCAAACCAGCGCAAAAAUGUGAUGUGACGGCGAGGUGGGGGGGGUUCUGGACUAAGCACCUGUCAAUCACAGCACAAGAAGCAACCACACACACACACAUAAUUCAACAAACUCCAUGGGAUUGGACCUGAGAGCAUCUUGUUGCAAGGCGACUGAGCUCAACCACUAGUCCACUGUGCCGGACCAUCUUCUCAUAAGGAAUUGUAUCAUUGAUUUUACCUUCAGGUUGCUUUUUCUGAUCGGUGGUCUUCAUUAAGCAAUCUUCUCUUCUUCUUCGAGCAUGAGCUCAUAACCGCACUCCCACAUGUCACAUGACCAUAUCCGGAGAUGCGGUCUUGUCUGUCCUCCACGAGAUUCUCGUCCUCCAUCUUCUUCCUCCACCAAUGCUAUCUCGCUGAUUUGUGUUUGUAGUUUAGUGUUAUUGCAGGACUCUCCAGGUGUUGUUCAGUGUUUCUGUAAGUAGUCUGUGUGGCGGCAGGAGUGCUGCGUUGUGUUGUUGUUGUAGGCUGACAUCAACUUGGCGUGUUUCCUCAACUAGUGGUGGGAAUGGGAGUCUUACUCAACGGCAGAGACUGCCAGGCGUUUGUUGGAGGAGAAGUGUUUAUUUCAGUGAGUUCCUGCCUAGUUAGUCACAUUUUAACCACAGUCGUGGUUUGGGGAUGUAAUGAUACUAAAAUUGAAUAACACUGUUGUGAAGAAAUUGUCACACUUAGCAAUAAUAUCACAAUAUUUUCAAUGUGCUUAUACACACAGUAAAAUAUUUUUUAACAAAGUUUUGUUUAGAAAAUGUAAUUCAAUGCACACAACCGAAUAUGGGGAAAGACGUUAAAAGUCUUUUGCUUUCAAGUAUAAGCGGUAAAAAUGAAAACAAUUUUUUACCACUGUUAGUUAUUAAUACUGUUCAUUGGUACAUUUCUCGUCCAGUGACAAUUUUUCCGUCGAGACGUUGUAAUCCAUGCGCCCAUGUGCAUGAAUCCAGAAAAUGCAAUUGCACAUGCUAGGACUCCUUAAAGAAAAUACAAUCGUUACACUAAAUAAGGCUCUAUUUUUGUAUUUUGUCACUGAAUAUGCAUGUUGCACACUUUAAACCAUCACAUGCACGGCGAGGUCAAGCGGGAGUGUCCCGUUGAUGAUGAACGUCCCUGGAAAAAAAUCAUCAAAAAUGGGUAAACGGAGCUAAAGAAGACAUUUUAGUGCUAAUAAUGAACAAAAGCACAACAAAUUGUCUUUGAAUAUAUGGAUGUUGAUUUAGUGUUUUUACUAGACUAUUUCAUUGCAAAUUAGAGGAUGAUGUCAUGCGCUUACCCCAUUAUCAAAAUUGUUGACCUGUGUGAAACACCUUUUUAUCUAACUUAAUAAAUAAUUGUGAUUAUUAAUCAUGAUGUCAGUAUUGAUUAAAACAUAUAAUUUGGCCAUAAUCGUGCCAAUGCUACAUUUGAAAUGUCCUUAACAACCUUUAAAGGCUUAGUGGCCACAUGUUAUUUCCAAAAUGGUGUACACUACUGAAUUGGGGCCUUAUGGCCGCUUAUGUGGACACUAAUACUGUGGCAGUCCGAUCCCUGUACGAUCAGUGCCAGAGCUUGGUCCGCAUUGCUGGCAGUAAGUCGGAAACGUUUCCAGUGAGGGUUGGACUCCGCCAAGGCUGCCCUUUGUCACCGAUUCUGUUCAUAACUUUUAUGGACAGAAUUUCUAGGCGCAGUCAAGGCAUUGAGGGGUUCCGGUUUGGUGGCCGCAGGAUUAGGUCUCUGCUUUUUGCAGACGAUGUGGUCCUGUUGGCUUCAUCUGGCCGGGAUCUUCAGCUCUCACUGGAUCGGUUCGCAGCCGAGUGUGAAGCGACCGGAAUGAGAAUCAGCACCUCCAAAUCCCAGUCCAUGGUUCUCUCCCGGAAAAGGGUGGAGUGCCAUCUCCGGGUUCGGGAGGAGACCCUGCCCCAAGUGGAGGAGUUCAAGUACCGAGGAGUCUUGUUCACGAGUGGGGGAAGAGUGGAUCGUUUGAUCGACAGGCGGAUCGGUGCGGCGUCUUCAGUAAUGCGGACGUUGUACCGAUCCGUUGUGAAGAAGGAGCUGAGCCGGAAGGCAAAGCUCUCAAUUUACCGGUCGAUCUACGUUCCCAUCCUCACCUAUGGUCAUGAGCUUUGGGUCAUGACCGAAAGGAUAAGAUCACGGGUACAAGCGGCCGAAAUGAGUUUGGGUCUCUCCCUUAGAGAUAGGGUGAGAAGCUCUGCCAUCCGGGAGGAACUCAAAGUAAAGCCGCUGCUCCUCCACAUGGAGAGGAGUCAGAUGAGGUGGUUCGGGCAUCUGGUCAGGAUGCCACCCGAACGCCUCCCGAGGGAGGUGUUUAGGGCACGUCCAACCGGUAGGAGGCCACGGGGAAGACCCAGGACACGUUGGGAAGACUGUCUCCCGGCUGGCCUGGGAACGCCUCGGGAUCCCCCGGGAAGAGCUAGACGAAGUGGCUGGGGAGAGGGAAGUCUGGGCUUCCCUGCUUAGGCUGCUGCCCCCGCGACCCGACCUCGGAUAAGCGGAAGAAGAUGGAUGGAUGGAUGGCCGCUUAUGUGGACACUAAUACUGCCAUCUGGUGGUGUCAGAAGAGUAUAACACAAUGGAAUUUGGGAACAAAAAGUGUAAAAAAAAAGAAUUAGCAUGUCACUAAACAUGAAGUACAUGUUUGUGUACUUAUGGACAUCAUCUCAAGUUAGUUUUUAUUCUAAUUAGGGUCCAAUAAGCCCAAAUACCAAACAGAAAUAAAAAAAAGCAUGUAAACAAACAGCUUGAUAGAGUCCAGACACAUUGGCAAAAAUGUAUUAGACAAUUGAAAAAAAUGAUGUUACAGCGUUUUGUAUAAUAAAUAAACAUUUAAUUAACAAAUUAUUGUAUCGUUCAUUUUAAAAUAAUAUUUUGUAAUCAAUUUUAAAACUAUGACUACCACCAACUUUAUUUUUAUUUGUUACUAUUUUGACACAUUUUUGUUGUGUAUGUUAAUUAGCAGUGAAAUAGAUGCCACAAGAGGCACAUUAUUAUUAUUAUUAUUGUUAUUAUCAAGAGGCAGGAAGGGACUUCUAGUAUUAGUCAUUGUUCAUGCUUGAAUGAUACACAAACCUUCCACCAGGUGGCAGCAGUGUUGGCAUGAAUCAGGCUGAGCAUCAGUGAGGAGGAGGAGGGGCGUGACCAUGAUUGUUUUACACUAACCCUGACAGCCAUUAUUUGAGGAAAUACAUUAUGGAGUCUAAACUAUGUUCCCUGUGGUUUCCGCACACACACACACACACACACACACACACACACACACACACACACACACACACACACAAUAAAGCAGGUUAGCAAUAAGCACAUCUUCCCCCCCUCAUGCAAAUGUUCUCUCAGGGACCCUGCAUGUUUGAAAUCAUCUAUAUUUCUACGUUCACAUGUACUUCCUGUCUGCUCUCAUUGACAUAUCUUAACUUCCAUUUGUGUAAAAUUAGUGUGGAUCUUUGUCCUUCUUUGUCGAAGCCAAACAGAGCAAACGUGCGACUGAAAUCAGAGUUCUUAGACGUCUUCUGUGUUGUCUUUCCUCCCACAGAAAUAUUGUAAGUGUGAACAUAGUGAGCAGAUAUUGUUGUAUUUAUUUUUCUCAACUUUUUCAUGAACGCAAGAUGUCUAGUUUUAAGAAGCGACACAUUCGGUGGAACGUUGUAGAACUUUUGUCUUUAGCUUGCCGACAUGUUGGUGCUCAACAUGUAGUCUUUUCAAAAUAAUUAUAAUAAACAUUUUCCAUGCUGUA